AUGGUAGCCGCCAUUGUUGGCCAGCAUACCCUCACCAAAGACCAGCUCGUCAACCGUGGCCUACGGCAGGACGAGCAUGGUCUAGAAGCAGACCCAACUGCGCAGCAAACGGGCAAAUUCAUCGAGCACCUGCUUGAGCGGGACCCGACCGCCGCCAAGCCCCAUUCCCAAGCAUCGCAUCCGAUUGACACGGACCCCAUGACGACGCAAGAUCCAGCUUCGUCGCGGCACGAUCUUGCUCGUGACCAAGUUGCUCAGACGGGCUCACAUAGUCGGCCUCACACCCUCAAGGACGACGAUUCGUUUGUCGUGAUGCCGCCGAGGUCGAAGCACAGCCUCCAGUCGGAUCCGGCCGUCACGACACCAGGUCACGAGACGCCUCAUACCUUGGAGCACGACGCCGCCAAGGUCUCGGUCGGAACCGUGGCACUGGCACACAGAUUGGCGGACGACGCGAGGGUGAGCCGGGGAUCGGAGUCCUCGGCACACCCCAUCGAGGCAGACAAGGCCGCGCCCGCGGGGGAACACAGCAAACCGCAUCAGCUGGGAAAUUGA